AUGGGACACUGCAUUCAAGACUUUGUAUGCAGCUAUAACUGCUCGUCUUCAUUUAAUUCUUUUGCCGGAUCUCAUUGUUGCAUUUAUCCAAAAGAAAAUUCAGUUAAUAAAUGCCAAAUAUUUCACUCUUCAAUUGCAGAAAAUAAAGGAUAUGGAUACUCUGUUUUUUUUCAAGAAGGUGAUUUACUCAUUUCUGGACUUAACUUUUCUGUUUGUAAUUGCGAAAGGUAUUCUGCUUAUACAAUUAUAAAUCCACGAUCUAAUGGUAUAUGUAAUUAUUCCACCAUAAGCAGAUGCUCAUCAUCAGAAAGGGGAAUCAUUCAACAUGCUCAGUUAUCUCAGAAAAUUGACCAUUGUAACAUACUCAACAAUACAACACCAAAUUCAAGCAUAUUUGGUGUUGUGCUCUCGUGGGUAUGCACUCUUUCAAUUGAAGAAAGUUGUUUUUUGAAAAAUAUCAGUCCUCAUUUAUUUGCUAUUUAUGCUAAUCCUUCUUCGAUAUCAUUAAACCGCUGCCUUUUCGAUUCCUCAGCAUCAACACUACAUCCAACUUUAAGUGGAGGAAUUACUUUUAAAAUGGCAAACAAUGUUAACUCUUUAAACCUUAGAUUACAUCAUUAUCCACCAGAUGGUUGCGGAUUGAAUAACCAAAUAAUAUUUAAAUGCUCUAUCAAGAACAAUAAUCGUUCUAUUUUUUCUAUUUCAUCUUUUUAUCUUGCAUUUAUUUCUUCAUCCUAA